GCAGUUUACAAGAACUGUGCUGAACUCUACAAAGCUGGUAAACGGAACAGCGGUGUCUAUACAAUCAACCCCGACAACACAGAUGGCUUCGACGUCUAUUGUGACCAAACGACAGCCGGUGGGGGGUGGACAGUGUUUCAGAAGAGACUGGACGGCUCGGUUGAUUUCUAUCGCGGCUGGUAAGACUACAAACGUGGCUUUGGAAAUCUGAAUGGGGAGUUUUGGCUCGGACUCGACAAGAUUAAUCGCCUGACAAAACAACGUAGCAGGCUUCAUGUGGAUCUUGAAGAGACUACUGGAAAAACAGCUUACGCUGAAUACGACUUUUUUGGUAUUGCAAGUGAGAGAAGCAAAUACAAGCUAAGUCUUGGAACAUAUUCGAGUAAGUUCUUUUAAGGUGGCUCUUACAAAAAGCAUAGCACCGUAAUGAAAACAUAAAUUAGAAAAAAAUCACAACUACCGUUAAUUCAAUCAACACCUCUUAAGGACACGAACAGGCAAGUAAUUCAUGGUAGUGGAUUUACUUGCCACAUGAUAGGAAAAAACUGGCCUAGCCCCAGGCCUCAUUAUGCCUCGCGGCCAAAGCGUUUCGGGUCACGUGGUCCAAGGAAAGGAGAAAAUCGUCUUAUUCUGAAUACGAUUUUUUGUCUUUGCAAGUGAGAGAAGUAAAUGCAGCAAUUAUUCUUAUUAAGUAGGUUUGUUAAAGGAGUUCCAUUUUUCAAUUGAAGGUAAACUAUUCGAACCAGGUUCCUUUUCUGUCAUAAGAAUUAUUUAAAAGGGUAAUGGGUUGGACCUCGGGACGGAGCCUCCCCGUAGAAAACAUGAAGGAGUUUAAGCAAAGGCGCUUUUCAGCGUCACAUGUCAACCGGAAUUGAGGCCUUGACGAAUUGCCUUGACGUUACCAACUUUGUAUUCUUACAGGGACGACUUGCCGGAACAUUAGGGCAAAACCACUGAACAAGAACUAAAAAAAAUCCACUUUGGGUUGACGUGUGCUCCUUAAAAACGUUUUUGCUUAAGCUGAUCGUAAUGCUGAUCCCCACUGUUGGGUAGCCCUGGAGCCCGACCGCAGAGGAAUGUGGUUUUAACAAGACAUAUCAUCAUUUUCGUUUCAAUUCGCGCACGUGAUUUUCCGCGGAGAAACUUCAAUUGAAAUAGACAUAAAAAGCUAUAAAUGUUUUUGUCAAAAACAAAUCGGCAGCAGUUUUCCAUGUUCUAUUUUCUUGUGGCCCAUAGAAAUGACGUCGACGACAAAAAGUUCAAAACUUUAUUUCCUUUGGAGUUUUGAACAUUCUGGUGUCCUUUCUGUGGUUGGAUAUAGGAGUACAGACCUACAGACCAUGGGCAAUUCUUGUCGAUAUGUUAAUCAUGAAAAUACUUUCUCGAACUACCAUAGUUUGAAAUAAGCAUUCCGUAUAAUAUUCUGGUUUUGUGUCGUUCUUAUUGUUAAUUGCCCUUGGCAAAUAACCCCUUGUAAACGUUACUUUCAGGAACUGAUGCGUAGUAAGCAGCAUACGAAACGUGACGUUUAUCAAAAAAUGCAUUUAACCAGAGCUGGUUUUAUAUGCUGCUGUUUGUGGUGAAGUUGUGGGGUAGCUGUUUACGAACAGUUCCUGCUAGAAAUGAAAUAAUCGAAGUGUCUCUGCUUGUAAUACGUCAUCAAUGGAAUAUUUUUCUUUAGGUACUGCCGGUGACUCGCUUUCAUAUCAUCGUGGCAUGGCUUUUACCACCAAAGAUCGUGACAACGACCUUGAGUACAGCAACUGUGCCACAACGUACAAGGGAGCCUGGUGGUUUAAAACCUGCCUCUAUUCAGGCUUGAAUGGUCUCUAUCUCCACGGGCCGCACUCUGAAUUAGGGGAAGGCGUCAACUGGUAUCAUUGGAAAGGCUACAAAUACUCCGCUAGACGAGCUGAGAUGAAGGUCAAACCAGUUGAUACCUAG